CAGGAACAGGAAACAACGGGGAGAAAAAACGAGCGGUAUUUCCAGCGUUUUCCAGCGGAGGGGAUAUGGAGAGGAGAUGGGGGGUUAUAGUAGGACCUGGAGGACGGCUAAGAAGAGCAGAGAUGGAGGAGGAGAAGAGGUGGAGGGAGGAAAAGACGUACGGCGACGAGGAAGGGGAGGAGGACGACCUGGAGGAGGAGGGCGACGAGGGCGACGAGGAGGAGGAGGAGGAGGAGGAGGAGGAGGAGGAGGAGGAGGAGUGCGACACCGACUUGAUAGAUUCGUUACCUGGGUGGGAGAGGAGGAGGACGUGGAUGACGAGGGCGACGAGGAAGGGGAGGAGGAGGAGGAGGAGGAGGGUGACGAGGGCGACGAGGAAGGGGAGGAGGGGGAGGAGGAGGAGGAGGAGGAGGAGGAGGAGGAGGAGGAGGGCGACGAGGGCGACGAGGAAGGGGAGGAGGAGGAGGGGGAGGAGGACGAGGACGAGGAGAAGGAGGACGACGAGGGCCACGAGGUAGGGGAGGAGGAGGAGGAUGAGCGGGAGGAGAGGAGAAGCAUGCAGAGGAGGCAGUGAGGAGGUUGAAGGGGAGGUCGAGGCCGGUGAUACUCACGGGGCGAUGGCGGCAGCUCCUCCCUCACAAGUCAGCACGGCAGCA